GAGGGUGGAAACAGUGGCAAAGUCCAGGUCUAAGGGCCACCCUGGUGGGGCCUGUGGAUGCUUUCGGCUCCCUCCUGUUCCGCAGAAGGCCCGCGUGUGACCCUUGUCCCCGGGGAACGCCCGGGUCCACAGAAGGAGCCGGGUCCGGGGACGAGGCGGCGGCCCCCUUCCCAUCUGUUCCCAGCAGCCAGGCCAGGCCCUCCCCCGGUGCCCCCACUGGCUGGCUGGCGUCUCCGGAAAGGGCUGGCCGUGGCAGAAGUGGAAUUGCGUCAGGGAGCAGCAUUUCUGAGUUGUUUGGCUGGGGUGGUCCUGCUGCUUCUGGAAGGUUCCUUGUCUUCCAGGACAAGUUCAGAGUGCAGGUGUAUGUCGGAGGCUAGCUACAGACAUGGCAGUGCAGAUCCUCAGCGUUUCUUGUUUCGUUCCCCUGCGCUGCUUCUGGUCCCUAAGUUGUGUGUCGAAGGCCCGUGCUUGUCCUCAGGGCACUUUUCUGUUACUUCUCUUGAAGCUCUUAAAGCACUCCUCGGUCUUACGGGGGUUUCAGCUGGUUUUGAGGACCCUACCGGGAGGUCAGUGACUUAACUACAGCCCCGUGGAGUACUGUAAAGGGGGCGGAGUGAGCCCCCGGGAGCACAGGCUUGCACAGCUUUCCUGGGGGACUGGGGGGCUUUCACCCCUGCACUGAGGGACUCCUGUGGCUCGGUGCCGGGACGCAGUGGUGAAAAGGCAAGGUCCUACCUCGGGGGCUUCCAUUCUAGUGGAGGCCAGACGGUCAGUAAACUGUCAUUUCAGCUAGAAAUACGCACUCCGAAGGCAGGAACCACGGGGAUCGGGUAAGCGUGUUGGAGGAAGGCACCUUAGACUGGUCAGGGAAGGCCUCUUUGAGGUGACACGUAAGUGAAACCCUGUGUUGAAAAUCAGCUGCUCACGGGGGAAGGCCCAGGGCUCGGCAAACGCACGGGCCCCUUGACCUUGGGUAGGAUGCCACCGUGUGCAUCGCCUCCCUCCUCUACACAGGGCCCGUGGGGUGCCUGGGUCGCGGUGAGUCGUGAGGGUCCAGUGGCCAGUGAAGAGUGCGCAAUGCGUGUGGGCAGAGGAUGGGUGGCUGCUACCCCCGUUCUGUCUCCUGGCACGGCGCUGCCGUUCCUGCACCGUCGCCACUCAGCCCCCGCAGGCUGGGUCCCCGCACACCCCUGCCCUUCAGAAACUCAGCUGAUCAGUUUCCCGUUGUUGACAGACUGGGCCCAUGGCCCCAGGCUGCACUCAGGGCGCUGUACUCCAGGCCCUGUCUGCCAGGACGGGCUCACCUCCCACACUCUUCUCUCUGUCCACACCGCAGCCAGCCCGGCCGUCCGCAGCCCUCUGUGUGGCACACGUGCCAUGCCACCUCUGCUCUGUCCCUGUGCCCUUCCAGAGCAUUCCUUGUCCUCCGGGCCUGGCCUUCUCCUGGCUGCUGCCCCGCCCGCCAUUCGGAAGGGACUCCUCUACCCCUCGAGUUCCCAUAGCCCUUUGUGGCUCAACGGGAGUCCUCGUUUCUGCCUCGUGUUCUCAUUGGCUCCAUUUCUUCCCUGUCUCCCCUGCUGUAAGCCUCUGGGUGUUGAACUUUAUCUGGACAAGCCUCACGGCAGCUGGAACAGCCCUGCGCACGGCGAGCAUCUGUAGAUGAGCGCGGGGCCUCGGGAGAGGUGUGACGCUCCACCCCUACGUGGCGUGGCCCAGCUGGCUGAAUGUGGCGCUGGCAGUGGGCCUCCGCUCUGCCAUCAGGGCCCGGCCGUCUGCUUUCACUCUCCCCUGUAGCCACGCGGCUGCCAACGCAGCCUUCCAGAAGCACACAUCUCAGGCCACUCCCUGCUCAACCUAGAGUAGUUCCGGCUCGCUGCUCUUUGGUGUGAAGUCGGAACUAGCAAACAUGACCCUUAGGACCCCGAGUUUCCCGUUGGAAGGGCAACGCACGCGCCUGUCUUCCUGGUUGCUGAGCGAACGCUUCCUCAUCCUCGAUGUUAGCUGGUGUGUCGCUUCUCCUGACACCUGUGCUCUGCCAGCACCUUGUACCUCUCCGCAGCCCUCACACAUGUCUGAUCGUGUAUCCGCCUGGCCGUCUCCCUGUUCACAGACAGCACCUGGCACAGAGUCAGGCUCAUGGGGACACCGCUGCUGAGUCUGGUGCCUGAGCAAAGACGUGGCUGGUGACAGCAUGACGAGCGAGGUGAUAGAGGACGAGAAACAAUUCUAUUCCAAGGCCAAGACGUACUGGAAGGAGGUCCCGGCCACCGUGGACGGCAUGCUCGGGGGGUAUGGCCACAUCUCCAGCAUCGACAUCACCAGCUCCCGGAAGUUCCUGCAGAGGUUUCUGAGGGAAGGCCCAAACAAGACGGGAACCUCGUACGCCCUGGACUGCGGAGCCGGCAUCGGAAGGAUCACCAAGAGGCUGCUCUUGCCUCUCUUCGGAAUGGUGGACAUGGUGGACGUGACGGAGGACUUUCUGGUCAAGGCCAAGACCUACCUGGGUGAGGAAGGCAAGAGAGUGAGGAACUUCUUCUGCUGCGGCCUCCAGGACUUCAGCCCGGAGCCGCACUCUUACGACGUCAUCUGGAUCCAGUGGGUGAUAGGCCACCUGACCGAUCAGCACCUGGCCGAGUUCCUGCGGCGCUGCAAGCGGGGCCUCCGCCCCAACGGCAUCAUCGUCAUCAAAGACAACAUGGCCCAGGAGGGCGUGAUCCUGGACGAUGUGGACAGCAGCGUGUGCCGGGACCUCGAUGUGGUCCACAGGAUCGUCCGCAGCGCAGGCCUCAGCCUCCUGGCCCAGGAGCGGCAGGAGAACCUUCCGGACGAGAUCUACCACGUGUACAGCUUAGCCCUGAGAUGAGCGGGGCUGGCAGGAGAGAGGGACCAGUGUGGGUGGGGGAGGACUGGCAGCUGCACGCGGUCCACAUGCUCAACCUCGAUGGUUCAGGGGUGCUGAGCGGGGCCACGAAAUAUACCUGUCUGCCGUCCACUCACUAUACAGACUCUUAUUAAAAAGGCAUAAGGGGACCCAGUCGGGAGGGGUGCCACUGAAUGGGGCAGCAAGGCCGGAGUGAGCGGCGGGGACUGGGCCCUGUGGACCCAUGCGACCCCUGGGCCUCCGAUGCUCGCCUCGUGGGAAUCCAGCGGUCCCAUCAGAAGUGAGACUCCCUGCUCUCCAGUAACACCACCUGGCCUUCCUGCCACAGGCCUGGCUGGCUUAAGAGGAAGAGAGUAACCCCUAAAGCGGUUGCCGAGGACCUUAUACCUCCAGAGCUGAGGGGGGCGGAGCUGGGCCCGUGGAGCCUGCAGCCCUCAGCACCCUCCUGCCUGCGCUGAGCCUGCGUGGUGCCUGCCGAGCGGCGCAGUUGAUGGGAUGUCCACGUUCCGGGUGCUAUUUGGAGAUGGGGCCCUGGGGCCCUUAACGUGACCGUCACCACAGCCUGCAGGGAGGGGAGAGGCCUGGAGCUUCCCUCUCGGCUGUGCCUUGUGGCUCCUCCUUAGGGGGCAUUUUCAGUCAAAAAUAAAAGGGUGAACCCCUGUACUGGAAAGGCCUUCGCCAGUC